AGAUGAAAGCUCGUUGUUUGUUUAACAAAACUUUCAUAGGUACAGUGACUGCCUGGAGCCUGCCAAAGGUUUACGAGACGGAGCGAAAGAGAGAGUUUGUACAAUCCAAACAAGUUCUCCAGUCAUCCUCGAAUCUCAUGGGGUAAACUUCGAGAAAUCGCCAUUGGUGCCGCUUGUUCUCAAAUAUUCCACUUUUUACGUUUAAACCUACCAUCGAGGGACAAAAUGAUCAGCUUUUAUCAGCACUUCGCUUGACGGUGACAUUGAUGGGUGAAAGGGAUGAGUGAGGAAGAGAUGAAAUAAUUGGUUGGAAUGGGGCAUCUCGACGGGCUCUUCUGAGCAAGUCAGCUGGUGUUAAAAGUCUGCGCUGACAUUGGGGAAAACAUCAAGGGCAGAGGUUAAAAAGGAAACAGACUCGAAUGCGAGAUGGGAGGAAACGAGGGAUGGAGAACAGAACGGUAAGUGUUUUUUUUCAAACUAUAGAUGGUUGGUACGUCUGUUUGUAUACGUGUCGAGAUGGUUGGUUCUUAACUCUCGUUAAAUGUUUCCCUGAGAGACUGCCAGAAGACUUGAGAAGCAUCUGAACCUCAAGGACCCCGAGAAAGUCCUUCAGCUUUGCCUUAAAUUCAACACGCUCGCAAACAAUUCCAACAGCUCAUUUAAAGUCAACCAACAUGAGACGAGAUGGUGAAGGUUAUGUCUGUCAGGAGGGCUCUACCUUUGCCACGUCGGAGAAACGCAGCGCCUCUGAAAUAAUUUAAGUAGCCCCUUUUUGAAAGCCCGGAGAAGUUAAGAGAAUUCAUAUCUUGGAUCAAAGCUUUGCAGAUGCGGUGCCACUGGAAUUUUUGUACUGGCAUAUUCUUGGCCUUGGCAGGAAUCAUUGGAAAAUGGCCCAUCUGAUAAACAGCGACGUGUUUCUGGCCUUCUCCACGUACGCCACCAUUGUCGUCCUCAAAAUGAUCUUCAUGUCCUUUCUGACUGCAUACUACAGGAUCACCGAGAAGGCCUUUUCAAACUGGGAAGACACCGGAACGGCCUCUAAAGAUCCAGAAGAAAGAAAAAAGAUGCUCCAGACCAAUCCUAAUGUAGAACGUGUGCGAAGAUGCCAUCAGAAUGACCUGGAGAACAUUGUUCCCUUUGUGGUAAUUGGUCUUCUGUACGCUCUCACGAACCCGGAUCUCUCCACCGCUCUGUGGCACUUUAGGGUGUUUGUGGGUUCACGGUUUAUCCACACGGUGUCCUAUGUGAUGGCCAUUCCCCAGCCCAGUAGAGCUCUGUCUUGGAUGGUGGGAUUGUUGACAACCUUCUCCAUGGCCUACAGGGUCCUCACAACUGCACUUUUCCUUUAAUGUCCACUGCAAUGUGAAGAAGUUGGGGAGGGGGUUUUCUUUAAAUGAGCAUGUUUAUCCUUUUUACAAUUUUCAGUUUAUAAUGAAAUCAUUUUAUCAGUAUUUUGUACUAGUAAAGAUAUUAACUACUGUCAAUGCAGUAAAACCAGCAUCAGUCUAUGAAGACGUUCAUUAGUCACUUAGUGUUUGGUCAUGGCUACCAGGUCAUUGUCACAGUGACUCAGCAUAAAAAAAGAGCUCAACCUGAUUUUGCCAAGUGGUUGAUGCCCUCAGGGCAACAUAUUUUGUUGACCUAAGGACAACAUUUUUAUAAAUAAAACCUAAACCCACACCAAACCCCAACCAUAACUUACCCUUAAAAUCAGAGUGAAAUGAUAAGUGAGAAACAAUGGUCUAGAGACACCUAAUCCUGGUUGGAAGAUUAAACUUGAAAUAAACUGUAAACUUAUUUCUGAGAUCUGAUUGGUUGAUUUAAAUGUUGUCCAAGAGUCAACCUGAUGUUGCCUUAAGGACUUCAACCACUUGGCAAAAACAGGAGAGCCUAAAUAAGAGGGUUUUUGUUUAUUCUUGCAUUCAUUUUUGGAUCUCAAUGCAUUAGGUGGUCAAACUGUAGUGAGUUUUUCAGUUCAACAAUGUUUCACAGUUUAUCAUUUGAAAUGUGACUUCAGCAGUUAUUUAUGCAAGUGUAAAAGUACAUUUAUUCAUUAUAUUAUAAAACUCUUAAGUGAUUGAAAUUUUUCAAAUGUACAACAGAAGAGCAUGCCAAGGUUAAAAUAGAGAUGACGUUAAAAAUGAGUAUUUU